AUGGACUCUGCCUCAAAAUCGCUGCUCAGCAGUAGUGAGGUUGCAUUCCCCAGAGGUGGAGCUUCGGUUUUGACUCCGUUGGAAGUCAAGACUAUCUCCAAUAAGGCUACUGAAGAUGUCCUCUUCGAGCAGGCCAAUGAUUCCAAAAAGAGGGUCAGCUCGACGGCUUCUCAGCCUUCCAAAAAGAGAAAAAAGCAAAAGAAGAAGGAUGAUACCGAAACCGAGGAGAAGUCGAUUGCUAUUGAGCAUUUCACCUUUAAGAACAUGAUUCCUGGCUCAUCUGUCUUGGGUCAGAUUGUGCGUAUUGACAAGGUCAACCUUACACUUACAUUUGGAGACAACUUGUUGGGCCAGAUUCCUAUCACUGCUAUUAGUAAAGAGGUUUCUGCCAUGAUCGAGAAAUAUGAGGCUUCGCAAGAGUCUGACGAUGAGUCUGAUGACGAAGGGUCCGGCUCUCUUAAUUUCAAACCUGAGUUUCCUAAGUUGAAUGAGUUGUUCACCAUUGGCCAGUGGCUUCGUGCACAGGUGACUCCCAGCGACGAGAAGACCAAGAGAAUUACAUUGUCUAUCGAGCCAAAGGUGGUCAACGCUUCUGUUGAAGAAGACGACUUGACUACUGGAAACAUUCUCCAGGCCUCUGUCAAGUCUGUUGAAGACCAUGGUAUCAUUCUCGACUUUGGCCACGACGAAUUUUCCGGCUUCAUUUCAAAGAAGGAAUUAAAGAAGGCUGAAAUCGACCCAAUAUCUCUUAAGGUCGGCCGUGUCAUCCUCGUAUCUGUCAUCAGCAAGAACAACUCUAUUGUCAGUGUAAGAUUGGCAGAAAACGAGAACGUUUCCAAGAAAACCACUAUCACUGCUAUUUCAUCUAUUGAUGCUAUCCAUCCAGGUGCUGUCGUCAAUGCCAUCAUUACUGAGGUAUCCAACAACGGUGUUUCUGCCAGACUUUUUGGUCUUGUGGAUGGAUCUUUCUCACUUCCACAUGCAGAGGAGUUCACUUUGGAGAAGUUAAAGAACCAUUUUGGCGUGGGAUCCACUGUCAGAGCUCGUGUCAUUGGUAUUCUCACACAGGAUGGAACCAAGAAGUUUGUAUUGUCUAAGUCUUCCAAGGUGAUUGCCUUGGAGCCUGUGUUGAAUAAGGAGCCAUUGGAGGCCUUCCCAACUGGUUUUGUUAUCAACAACGUCGAAGUCAUUGGUUCCGAUGACUCCUACAUCUACGUCUCUAUGGGUUCUUCAUCUAUCAAGGGACAAGUGCACAAAUCUCAGACUGAUUCAGAGUUGGACAUCGAUGUUAACUACAGAGUUGGCACAAAGCAUGAAGCUAGAGUGUUGCGUUACUCCGAGAUUGACAACAUGUUGCUCUUAACACUUAAUCCUAAGGCUGUCAAGUCCAAGUUUGUCUCGGCCGAAGAUAUUCCGGUCGGUGAGUACAUUCCAUCCGUGGAAGUCACCAAGAUUCUCCCUGACGGUAAGGGUAUCAUUGUCAAAAUUUUCGGGGACUUUGAGGCUCUUGUUCCUCCAACUCAAAUGUCAGACAUCAAGUUGGUAUACCCAGAAAGAAAAUUCAAGGUGGGUAGCAAAGUUAAGGGAAGAGUCUUGUUCAAGGCCGGCAAGAAGUUGUUUGUGACCUUGAGAAAGAGUUUGGUGAACAUGGAUGACGAUGCGAUUGCAAGCUCCAUUGAUAACCUAUCUGUGGGCUUCAAGACUUCCGGUAUUGUUGACAGAUUCAUUCCAGGUGGUGCUCUUAUAUCUUUUUUCGGAAGCUUGAAGGCAUAUUUACCCAAGAAUGAGAUUUCCGAAACUUUCGUUGAGAAUGCUAAGGACUACUUGAAGGAAAGCCAAGCUGUUUCCGUGAGAGUUUUGAGUGUGAAGCCUCUGGAAGGAAAGGUUUCCGUGACAUUGCGUCAAGCCACCGAGCUCAGCAACAAGCAGAUAGAGCACCUUGAGGAAAUUGAGAUCGGAAGAACCAUUGUGGAUGCCACAAUCGCCGAAAAGGCAAAGGAGUCUAUCAUUGUUGAAUUGGAAGGUUCCAACUUAAGAGGUAUUAUUGCCACUGGCCAGUUGUCUGACGGUAACUACGAGGAGAACAGAAUCAUUUACAAAUCCCUUAAAAUUGGGGGAACAAUUGAGGUUGUCAUUCUUGAGAAGGAUUUCAGAGCAAGAGCUGUGAUUGCUUCUGCUAAGAGAUCAUUGGUCAACGCUGCUAAAACCGAGACCUUGCCAGUGCAUUACGAAGAUGUCCACGUUGGAAACUUGGUUUCUGGAUACAUCAAGUCGGUCACCAGCAUGGGAUUGUUCGUCUCUUUCGCAGGUAAAUUGACUGGAUUGGUUUUGGCCAAGAAUGCCACCGAAGAUCCAACUGAGGAUUUAUCCUCCAAGUUCUACAAGUACCAGUCUGUUGCCUGUAGCGUCAUUAAAACGGAGGACGAGAACAAGCGUUUCAUGUUGGCACUCUCAAGCACUCCAACCAACAAGGUUAACGCAACUUCGAAGUUGAAGAACCCAGUCGACCAAUCCAUGAAGACUGUUUCAGACUUUUCUGUUGGUGUCUCCACUUCUUGCGUAGUUGAGUCGAUUGAACCAGGUUACUUAAAUGUUCGUUUGGCUGACAACUUGUUUGGAAGAAUUGAGGCUCUGCAGUGUGUUACUUCUUGGUCUGAUAUUAAGAAUCCAAAGGAUCCUCUUGCAUCAUUUUCUGUUGGCAAGAAUCUUAAGGCUAAGGUGAUUGGAUACUUCGACACCAAGGCUCAGAAAUUCUCUGCUGCUGCCACCUUCAACAAGGAGACUAUUAUCGAGUUGUCCAUUCUCAAGAAGGAGAUCAAGAGCAAACUGCCAUAUAAGCCACAGUCGCUUUCUGACAUCGAUGAAGGUUCUGAGCACGUUGUUUUCAUCGAAUCUUAUUUACAUGGUGUGGCAAAUGUUUCACUUUCUCCAAAUGUGAAGGCCCAGAUUCCAGUGUAUGCUCUUUCUGCAAACAAUGAUGACUACAAGAAUUUUGACACCUCAUUCCCAUUGGGUACUGCUCUCAGGGCCAACGUGACUGGGUUCGAUUUCCAGCAUGGGAAGGCAAUUUUAUCUGCUAGAUCCGAGCCUGUAGAGUCCGUGAGUGACCUCGAGUUGAACGAAAAGUACCCAGCAAAGGUCUUUAAGAUUGCUCAAGCCUUUGUUCUCGUGGAAUUGGCUCCAGGUGUUGUUGGUUACUCUUACAUUACUGAUGCCUUGAACGACUACGACCAGAAGUUGGAAGAGACUUACAAGCAGAACCAGGCCGUUCUUGUCACCAUCACCGAGCUCGAUAAAAAGGAAAACAAGUUUAGCGUCAGCUUAAGAGAUGAGGAGAAAGCCAAGGACAAGCCAGUCAACUCUAUCGACGAAAUCAAGCGUGGUGAUCUUGUAAAGGGUUUCAUCAAGUCUAUCAGCGCCAACGGUCUCUAUGUCUCCUUAGGUAGAGAGUUGUAUGCUUUGGUGAGAGUUGCAGACAUCUCUGAUGCAUUCUUGAGUGACUGGAAGAAGUUUUUCAAGCCAUAUCAGGCCAUCACCGGAAAGAUCUCCCAAUGUAAGGCUGAGGGACGUAUUUUGAUGACUUUGAAGGAGAGUGAAGUGAACGGAGACUUGACCAGUUUCAGAACCUUUGAAGAGUUGGAGGAAGGUCAGAACUACGAUGGUAGUGUCAAGAAGGUACACGACUUUGGUGUUUUUGUCAAGUUAGACGACACUGCUAACAUUAGUGGAUUGUGUCACCGUUCCGAAAUCGCAGAUACUCCAGUUGAGAGUGUUGAAGCUUUGUUCGGUGAAGGUGACCGUGUCAAGGUCAAGAUUUUGAAGAUCGAUAACUCCAAGAAGCAGCUUUCAUUGGGUAUGAAGGCUUCCUAUUUCACCAACCUCAACGAUGAGGAUGUGGACAUGGAAGCUGACUCCGAGUCUGAGGAAGAUUCUGAAGAUGAGGUCAUGGAGGAUGCUUUUGAUGAAGAGAAGUCUGACUCCGAAGAUGAAGAGGAUGACAACAAGGAGAAGGCUGAGGCUGCUCUGAUCAACGGUUUGUCUACUAACGGUUUCGACUGGACUGCAUCCAUUUUAGACCAGGCAGAUGACCACCUCUCGUCUUCUGAUGAAGAAGAUUUCACGGAGAUCAAGAGGAAGAAGAAGAAGGGAAAGAAGCAGGUCCAAGACAGAACUGGCGAGAUGAACUCUCGUGCACCACAGUCCAUUGGAGAUUUCGAGAGAUUACUUGUUGGUAAUCCUGACUCCUCCGUUCUUUGGAUGAACUACAUGUCGUUCCAGUUGCAAUUGGGUGAGAUUGACAAGUCCAGAGAAAUUGCCGAGAGAGCUCUCAAAACCAUCAACUACCGUGAAGAGCAAGAGAAGAUGAAUAUUUGGAUUGCUUUGCUCAACUUGGAAAACAGUUUCGGCACUGAUGAGUCCUUGGAUGAAACUUUCAAGCGUUCGGUCCAAUACAUGGAUUCCUUGACCAUGCACCAGAAGUUGAUUGGUAUUUACCAAUUGUCUGAGAAGUUUGACAAGGCCGACGACUUGUACAAGGACAUGACUAAGAAGUUCAGCAGAGAGGUUUCUGUGUGGGUCCAAUAUGGAUCUUCAUUGAUGGAUCGCCAAUUGAACGACGAAGCACACGCUCUUUUGGCUCGUGCUUUGCAAUCUUUGCCAAAGAGAGACCACAUAGAUGUUGUGAGAAAAUUUGGACAACUCGAAUUCUCCAAGGGAGAUGCAGAACAGGGUAGAUCUUUGUUUGAAGGUUUGGUUACUGACGCCCCAAAGAGAAUCGAUCUUUGGAACGUUUACAUUGAUCAAGAGAUCAAGUUCGGUGAUAAGGAGAAGGUGGAGUCCUUGUUUGAGAGAGUCAUCACAAAGAAGUUGUCAAGAAAGCAGGCCAAGUUCUUCUUCUCCAAAUGGCUUUCGUUUGAAGAGGAGAAUGGAACAGAACAUUCUGCUUCUAGAGUCAAGGCUCUUGCUGUGGAUUACGUCCAGAACCAGUCCAAGGACGAGGAGUAA